UCGUGUCUUAUGCACCAAUUUCUGAAAUUAAAAUAUGAAAACAAGCCUAGCCCAGUAAGCACCUGCUACCCACUGUACGGAAUUCACACGCUCACGCUGAGCUCGUAGAGGCACUUUGCGUGUAGUGUGUGUGUGUGUGAGUGUGUGAGAGAGAGAGAGAGAGAGAGAGAGAGAGAGUAUCUACAGACACGGUCAUCAUCAUCACCACCACAUCACUGACAGACUAGCUACCGCAAGACACGGAUGUGAGAUCGUUGCGUCGUGCAACCAUCAGAUAAUGCGUUCAGCAUCGUUGGCAGGGACGAAUGUGUGUUAAGAAGGCGUUAUAAAGCAGCAGUAGGGCCAGAAAAAAGGCUAAAGCGAGUAGCAGCUGUGGCAUUAGCGCCUGGAGGAGGACCUGUUCCUGCACACCACAAACCACAAUGAUUGAACACAGCCUGUUUCAAUCAGCCAACUCCUAGUUCUGCUACGCCUGAUUGGACGACUGCAUGCUUGAGAGCCCAUCUUUGUCACAGUUGCCAUGACUUCGAGACACUGCUGAUACAGAGAUGGAGAAAAAGAAACCGUGUCCCCGCCUCCUGGACUACCUGGUAGUAGUUGGAGCCAGGCAGCCCAGCAGUGACAGCGUGGCACAAACACCACAGCUGCUGAGGCGCUAUCCACUGGAGGACCACACCGACUUCCCUCUGCCACCUGAUGUCGUCUUCUUCUGCCAGCCUGAGGGCUGCCUGAGCAUCCGUCAGCGUCGGGUCAGUCUCCGUGAUGACACCUCUUUCGUCUUUACCCUGACUGACAAAGACUCUGGUAUCACCCGCUAUGGAAUCUGCCUCAACUUUUACCGCUCUUUUCAAAAGGGGCACCACCGGACACGAUCCGAGGGAAAAGGAGACAAGGCCCCUCAGACAGACCCUGCAGUGGAGGCCACAGCAAAAUCUGACCCCUCCACCUUGACACUCCCUGGGGAAUCCACAGUGCCACCUACAGAAGAUGGGACUCUGCCAGGCGAGCUGGGCAGUGGUGGAAAGUCGCCUCGGUCCAAACGCAAUGCCCGACUGGCACCACAGAACCGGAACAGCACUUUAACAUCUUUGUGCAUUCUGUGCCAUUAUCCUUUCUUCUCCACGUUCAGGGAAUGUCUUUAUAUCCUCAAGCGCAUGGUGGACUGCUGUAGCCAGAGGCUCAACCAGAGACCUGGUGCUGCUAAGGUUGCACAACGGGACACAAUGUGGCGUAUAUUCACAGGCGCUCUCUCCGUUGAGGAAAAGGAGAAGGGUAGUCAGGUGCUAAAGGACCUGAGGGAGAUAGAGUCAUGGGUGUAUCGGCUGCUGCACUCCCCAGUGCCUGUCGCCGGUCAGCGACGUGUUGAUGUGGAAGUGCUCCCCCACGAGCUGCAGCCGGCUCUGACCUUUGCCCUUCCAGACCCCUCCCGAUUCAGCAUUGUAGACUUCCCCCUCCACCUGCCCCUGGAGCUGCUUGGGGUGGAUGCCUGCCUGCAGGUCCUGGCCUGCAUUCUAUUGGAGCACAAGGUGGUACUGCAGUCUCGAGAUUAUAACGCCCUCACAAUGAGUGUCAUGGCGUUCGUUGCAAUGAUUUACCCCCUUGAGUAUAUGUUUCCUGUCAUUCCACUGUUGCCCACCUGCAUGGCCUCUGCAGAACAGCUCCUGUUAGCACCGACUCCAUAUGUCAUUGGUGUGCCAGCCAGUUUUUUCCUGUACAAGUCUUACUUUAAGAUUCCUGAUGAUGUUUGGUUAGUGGAUCUGGACUGCAACAAGGUCAAUGCUCCUAGCAAUGCUGAAAUGCUCCCUCCUCUACCUGAGCCCGAGGCCUCUGAGCUGAAGAAACAUCUGAAACAGUGUCUGGUUAGGUUGACUCAGAUCACCCAAAAGCAGAUCUUCACCUCCGAUUCGAAGGCUCUGGCAAGCAUGAGUCUGAACACUCAGCCCAUUCUGAACCUAGAGAAGUUUCAUGAGGGCCAGGAGCUGCCUCUGUUGCCCUCUGGUCGUGACAAAGCCUCCCCCUCCUCCACUGAGUUCAAUCCGCUCAUCUAUGGCAAUGAUGUGGACUCUGUGGAUGUGGCCACACGAGUAGCGAUGGUGAGGUUCUUCAACUCUCCAAACGUGCUGCAAGGGUUCCAGAUGCACACUCGCACUCUGCGUCUCUUCCCUCGGCCCGUGGUGGCGUUCCAGGCCACGUCUUUUCUGGCCUCUCGACCACGACGAAAUGGAUUCACAGAAAAGCUCUCACACACCCAGGCAGUUGAGUACUAUGGAGAGUGGGCUCUCAACCCCACCAACCUGGCUUUCCAAAGGAUACAUAACAAUGUGUACGAUCCCUCUCUGAUAGGCGAUAAGCCUAAGUGGUAUGCCCACCAGUUACAGCCAAUAUUCUACCGUGUGUAUGAUGGAAACUCUCAUCUGGCAGAGGCAUUAAGUGGACCUCUGCAGGAUGAGACCAAUGAUUCAGACCCUACAGAUGACAGUGGCAGUGACAGUGACAGUGAAGCAUAUGAUGACUCCAGUUCUUCCUACUCGUCUCUUGGAGACUUUGUGAAUGAAAUGAUCAAAGGAGACAUACAAGGGGAUACACCAAAUGUUGACCCCCUGACCCAUGCUGCACUGGGGGAUGCUAAUGAGGUAGAGAUCCAUGACUUCCAGGAUUAUAAAGGGGAGAGUGGGGAACGUGACCCAGAGGGCCCUCCAGAGGCCACAGAUGGCCAGCCGCUCCGCUCCAGUUCUAGCACCACGGCCAGUUCCAGUCCCAGUACUGUCAUACAGGGAAUCAACCAUGUGCAGAAGGAUCCUGUUGAGGUGGAGGAGUCUGCAAGCGUGGCUCUACAGAACUCUGCUCCAGGAUUGUGUGCCCCACCUUUCAUUAGACCCGUUCCUGAGCUAGAUCCUGUGGACUCAGCCAGUAAGAAGCGAGAGUAUGACAACCCCUUUUUUGAGCCCCAGUAUGGAUUCCCUACAGAGGACGAUGUUGAAGCAGAUGAACAAGAGGAGAGUUACACACCACGCUUCAACCAGAAUCUCAAUGGCAACAAGCCGUCUCGGCCAUUAAGACCUAGCAGUCUGAAGCUUCCGGGUGAAUCUGAUGGUGAGGGAGAUUCCAAAAAUAGCUCUCCAAACUCUACCAUUUCCAACAACAGCAAUGAUGGCUUCGGGGGACUCAUGUCCUUUGCCAGUAACCUGUAUAAAAACCAUGGGACCAGUUUCAGUCUGUCCAGUCUGGCUCUGCCUAAUAAAGCUCGAGAGAAGAACACACCCUUCCCCAGUCUCAAAGAUGAUGGUGAAGACAGUCCUGAGAGUCCUGGUGCCCGAGCUCCCCGAGCACUGGUAGAUCAGAAAUCCUCUGUUAUUAAGCACAGCCCCACCGUCAAGAGAGAGUCUCCAUCUCCUCAGGGCAGAGCUAACAAUACUAGUGAGAACCAGCAGUUUCUGAAGGAGGUUGUCCAGAGCGUGGUGGAGGGGCAGGGUGUGGGCUGGCUGAACAUGAAGAAAGUGCGCCGCCUGCUGGAGAACGAACAGCUGCGUGUCUUUGUGCUCAGCAAACUCAACCGUUCUGUCCAAUCAGAAGAGGAUGCUCAGCAGGAAGUUAUAAGAGAUGUGGAGAUCAACAGAAAGGUGUAUAAAGGCAUGUUGGACCUGUUGAAGUGCACAGUGUCCAGUUUGGAGCACUCAUACACUAAUGCCGGGCUGGGAGGCAUGGCCAGUGUGUUUAGCCUGUUAGAGAUGGCCCGCACCCACUACCAAACCAAAGACCCAGAGAAGCGGAAACGAAGCCCCACAGAUGGGGUGAGCAGCCCAGGCAGUAAGGAAAGCCCAUCGGGCCGAAUGGAGAGUGCCAGGGCAGCAGGCGUGCUUCUGGUACCCCGUAUCCAGUUGCCACCCGCCUCCUCUGGGAAGGCAUCACAGCAGUUUGAUACCCGGAGUCUGAACGAGGAGAAUUUUAUUGCCUCCAUUGAAUUGUGGAGCAAGCACCAGGAUAACAGAAAGCAAAAAGCUUUGGAUAAAGAACAGAGGGCUGAUGGAGCAAAACAGCGUCUAGAAGGUGGAGACGCUGAGGAAAAGAAAUCUCAGAUCAGUGCUGAUAGUGGCCUCAGUGUGACUUCUGGCUCGCAGAAGAGUGAUACGGAGUCCCUGGCGAGCUCCGAGCCUCCUGCUUUGACGAGAAGCACAAGCCAGGAUUCAGAAGCCAGCACAGUGGUGAGUAACAGCUCAGGUGAGACACUGGGUGCGGACAGUGACCUGAGCAGCACUGCUGGAGAUGGCCAGACAGGCAGACACGCUCCCCAUCUCAACCUGUCCCGCAGCACACUGUCCGACAGCGAGAUUGAGACCAACCCCGCAACCAGCUCUGUGUUUGGUAAAACCCAUAAGCUGAAGCCAGGAGUGAAAGAACCUGUGGGUGUUAAUAAGGCAGCACCAGCUCCGCCCCAUGAGGAUGUUAGCAUGAGGAUAUACCUGUGUGAGGGGUUGCUGGGACGAGAUAAGAGCUCGGUUUGGGACCAACUGGAGGAUGCUGCCAUGGAAACCUUUUCUUUGAGCAAAGAGCGCUCUACUCUGUGGGACCAGGUGCAGUUCUGGGAGGAUGCCUUCCUGGAUGCAGUAAUGUUGGAAAGGGAAGGAAUGGGGAUGGAUCAGGGACCACAAGAAAUGAUGGACAGGUACCUGUCUUUGGGAGACCAUGACCGAAAGAGACUGGAGGAAGAUGAAGACCGAUUACUGGCCACUCUCCUGCACAACAUGAUCGCCUAUAUGCUUAUGAUGAAGGUCAAUAAGAAUGACAUCAGGAAGAAAGUCCGGCGUCUUAUGGGGAAAUCUCACAUUGGCCUCGCACACAGCCAGGAUAUCAAUGAAGUCCUGGACCGCCUCGCGCAAUUGAGUGGCCGGGAACUUCCAAUCAGGCCAAGCGGCAGCCGGCACAUUAAGAAGCAGACGUUUGUUGUUCAUGCUGGGACUGAUACCACUGGAGACAUAUUUUUCAUGGAGGUGUGUGAUGACUGCAUCGUCUUGCGCAGUAACAUUGGCACAGUAUAUGAGCGUUGGUGGUAUGAGAAGCUCAUAAAUAUGACCUACUGCCCCAAGACAAAAGUAUUGUGUCUGUGGAGGAGGAACGGCCAGGAGACACAGCUUAACAAGUUCUACACCAAGAAGUGUCGGGAACUUUACUAUUGUGUCAAAGACAGCAUGGAGCGUGCUGCUGCACGACAACAAAGUAUCAAACCAGGUCCAGAACUGGGAGGGGAGUUUCCAGUUCAGGAUAUGAAGACUGGGGAGGGUGGUCUCCUUCAGGUCACACUGGAAGGCAUCAACCUCAAAUUCAUGCAUAGCCAGGUUUUCAUAGAGCUGAGUCACAUUAAAAAGUGCAAUACAGUGAAAGGAGUCUUUGUCCUGGAGGAGUUUGUUCCUGAAACUAAAGAAGUGGUGAUCCAUAAGUACAAGACUCCUAUGGCACAUCAGAUCUGUUACUCGGUCCUCUGUCUCUUCUCCUACAUGGCGGCAGUCAAGGGGAAAGAGGCAGACGGCAAGCCAAAGAUGCUGUCCCCUCGACCACUACCAAGCUAGUAGAGCACACUUCUCUCCUUCAGUUACUACAGCCUGCUCCAGAAAUCUCUGCAAUAUGCCUGUUCUGUGCAAUCCGACCCUCCGUCCAAGUUUCUUUUGAAGACCUCUGCUCCUGUACUGAUUCUCAGGUGUAGAUGUAUUUGCAUAUUCUACACAUUUGUCCUGAAAUAAACCGCCUCACCAUAUAAAUAUCUGAUCCACAUGCCUGAUAUAAUGUUCCAUCUCGUCUGUGAACCUUAACACCAAAAUGGUGGUGUUCUCAUAAUAUGGACACUAACCAGGACAAGAACACUAUUGGAGAUCGCAAGAACGCAUUUGUUUGCAUGGAGAUCACAUGCACAGCUCUUGUGAGUUGGCAAUCACACUCGCCCCGCUCUUCCUCCCCAACCCCUCUGAAAUCAGUCCACAGGCUGUAAAUAAUACUUAUGUACUAAGUUGUACUGUAAAUUGCAGUCUGUUCUGUCUGUGGUGGGUGAAAUGUUACAAAGUCUUGGCAGUCUAGCGCUGCCAUGUAUGAGGAGUUUGCCUUAACCGUCCAUGACGGCGCAGCUGUUCCAUUCGCAAAUGUCUCAUUUGCCCUUCACCUGCUGGAUGUGGGGUGUGUAUCUCUUUAGCUCUGCCACGUGAAGCUCAAACUACUGUAUUAGUUCUGCUGUAAAGUUCCCUGUCUGUGAACUGCUGUGUUAAAUUGCAUGUCACUUUAAGAAACAAAAACAUUUUAAUUCAAAAAGAAAAAUGGAAUACUGUACAUCUCUAAAGCAAUGUUGAAAAACAUCAAAAUUGUUUAACACUGAAGUUUGUAGAUGUGCAAUACUUUCACUGGUGGGUCCUAAGAAUAAGUCCAGUAAUUUCUACAGAGUUUAUUCACUGUCCUGCAGUGUUCGUAAUGAGACCAGAGUAAUGCAGUGGAUCCGGCAUCAAUUGCAUGUUUUCUGUUUGUUGUUCUUUUUUUUUGACACUAUCAAAAAAGGCAUUAUUGAUCUAGAAAGCGGCUGCAUUUGGAUAUUGUUAAUUUAUGAUGGAAAAGUUUACUGAAGUCUCGUGUCCUGCUGCUUCUGAUGUUGUCUGUUCCAAAAUGUCUUAUUUAAAAUGUCCUAUUCAUGCUUGUGUGUGUGUGUGAUUGUGUCUGUUUGUGUUAGAAACAGAAAGAUGGCAAAAGAGUGUCUGUUUAUUGAGGUGCACAUUGAUUUGGAUCAUCUCCCUUAAUGACAACUAGAUGGGAAAAACAGCUGUCAUUUACAUAUUUUAACGUCCUUUUAUGUUUUGCUCACAUUUUUAAUUUGCACGUAAGAAUGUACACACAACAGAACCUGUUGUUUUGCGUCUACGUUAAAUUCAGUUAUUAUAUGCAGACUGUAAAUGAACUUGAAAAGCCCACUCUUAUUGGUUCAGAGAUGUUAAUAGCACAAAACUGAAUUCCCACGGUCCAAGUCUUCAAAUGUCAAUUUUUUUUUUUUUGAGUUAGACAGUGAAUCAGGUCUAUAGUUUGAAAGUGUAAGAGAGUGACCGUUGCACAUAUGUUUAUCUGAGUUUUCAGUUUAGUCUGCAUAUUUAGAACAAGAGGGAAAGGAAAAAUAAAGGCGGUGGAUGUAAAUAUUGAAGCAUUUAAAAAAUAUUUAUAGAACCUGUACAGCUUUGGCAAUAUGAAAAUAAAAGAUGUCCA